AUGGCGAACGCAUCAAGGAAGGAGAUCCUCUCCAAGGUCUACAAGAUGAUCCCACCCAUGCUUGAGAGCUUCCACAAGGGCCAAUUGGGACGUGUGGCCGUCAUUGGAGGCAGCGAAGACUACACCGGCGCACCUUACUUCUCCGCCAUGGCUUCAGCAAAGCUAGGCGCCGACAUGUCCCACGUCAUCUGCGAGCCCGGCGCCGGCGCCGUCAUCAAGACGUACUCGCCCAACCUGAUGGUGCACCCGUACAUGCGGCAAACCAAGAACCUCGCCUCUGGCGAAUCAGCCGAGGCCGUCCACGACGAAGUCACCGGCAUGCUCUCGCGGCUGCACGUCAUCGUCGUCGGGCCCGGCCUGGGCCGGGACCGGCUGAUGCUGGACACGGCGGCGCGGGUGCUGCGCGAGGCGCGAAGGCAAAACAUUCCCUUCGUGCUGGACGCCGACGGCCUGAUGAUCGCGCAGGAGCAGCCCGACAUCGUCGACGGCUACAAGGAGUGCAUCCUCACGCCCAACGUCGUCGAGUUCGGCCGGCUGGCCAAGAGCAAAGGGAUCGACGUCGAGGGCGGCGAUCCGACCACCCUCUGCGAGCGCCUCGCCAAGGCCUUCGGCGGCAUCACCAUCAUCCAGAAGGGCUCCAAGGACUUCAUCUCCAACGGCGAGCACACGCUCGUCAGCGACGGCGAGGGCGGCUACAAGCGCUCUGGCGGCCAGGGCGACACCUUGACCGGCAGCCUCGCCACCCUGCUCGCCUGGCGCAAGGCCUAUCUCGACCGCUUGUGGGACCACGACAACGACCUCAGCCCGAGCGAGCUGCUGGCCCUGGCUGCGUAUGGUGGCAGCGCCAUCACCCGCGAGUGCUCGCGGCUGGCCUUCAAGGAAAAGGGCAGAUCGCUGCAGGCGGGCGACCUGACCGAGCAUGUGCACGAGGCCUUCGUGAAUGUCGUCGGCGAGCCUGGAUCGAAGCCUUCUAAGAUGUAA